CACACACACACAGUCUAUUUGCAUUAGCAGAGCUCUCAGUUCCUGUUUGCUCGCACUGUUUCUCUAAUCUACUUUGCAAAGCCCCACACAAUACAGGUAGUGAGUUUGCAACAUCCGUGUUGCCCUGUGUAGUGUUCUCAGCCCCUGACACCAGCAGCAGAUCAUACUUGAAGACAUAGGAGUGUGUUAGUGCUGGGAAGGACUGGACUCCUGACUUUUCCCCCCAAUUUAAAUAAUAAAUAACCAUUGCUGGUUCAAUGGUCUGAGCGAGGGGAAUGGAUUAAUUCAAACAAAUUGUUGAAGUUCGUCGUAAAUUCCUGUUGUUAUUUUUCUGCCUGACUGAAAGAAGGACGUAGCGUUCAAAGCUGAGAUGCCCCAACUAACUCCAGCCAUAGCUUUGCAGAUUGGUUUAUUGAUAUCUGCUCUUCCUGCGCAGUACCUUCUGUCCCGAUGGUCUGGCAGUGAUCGUAGCCAACGCAUCCAGGCAUCGAGAAGGUUACUUAAUACCUGGAAUCAAUUCAGGAAAUCUUACUUCAAUCUACAAGCGUGGAAGGAUUGGCUACAACAGUGGCUUGUCAAUGCCAGGUUGGACCAUGAUGAUGAUCUUGCAGAGUCCCCUGCAGUGGAAGUGUUUCUAUUGAGAGAGAAGAAGAGUUAUUUUGGAGGCUCACCUGAUCCUCGCUCACCGAAGCCAUCACAUGUUAAAUACAGAGUGGGGCAGGUCAUCAGACACUUGGAGAGUGGAUUCCGUGGGGUGAUUGUAGGAUGGGAUGCGAGCGCGAAAGCUCCAGAAGACUGGAUCCAGGAAAACUAUUCUCCAAAUGAGCAGCACUUGAGAAAUACUCCACAUUACAAGGUUCUGAUCCACUCAUCAGAUCAAAGAAGCCAAGCUACAGCCUACGUAGCAGAAGAGCAACUUGUUAUAAUAACAGGUGUACAGGUGCAUCACCCCCAUUUGGAAACAUAUUUCAGGAUGUUUGACGGAGCCCAGUACUUAAUGAAUCCCUGGCUUAAAAAAAUGUACCCCCAUGACUGAUUGAUCAACUUAACUGAAAUAAAUGUUUUCUUCAGAAAGUGAAGGUUGCCAAUGUUGAAGAUGUUAUGAUGGCAUAGUAAAACAAUUUUUUUUAAAAAAAAUGACAAAUUAUUGGCACAUAUUGUAUGAUUUGCUUUUUAAAAAAUGACAUACAAUUUAUAUCAAAAACUAAGGAGAAAACCAUGAAUUUGUGAUUUCUUCUAUAAAUAGGUGCACAGUUAGUGUGUGACUGUAGUAUCUUCACAAAUUGGGAGUCUCACCGGUAGCUGUUCUGGGAAAUUUCAACUUUUCUUGAGUUCUUUAUAGCUUUUAAACAUAAAAGUCCGG